AUGGUUCACAAGAAAUUGGAUCCUGUGGUCGUCGAUGAUGAUGAAGAAGAACCAAUCCGGCACACACAACACAACGACUAUUCGGACUCGCAAGAUGACAACCAUCAUCAUCUUUUGACCGAACAAGAACGAGUGACCAAUGAUUUGGACAUUAUUUUCGGAUCUUCAUCCUCGGAGCAUACAACAACCAAUGGACAUCACAAAUAUAAAUCAAAGAAAAUACGAAAAAGUGGCUCUUAUUUGAGUGCUAGUAAAUUACCUCGAUCACAUUCGAAAAAUUAUAUCAUUCCUUCUGGAUUUGGAAAAUUUUCAUUUAAAUUUCGUCUGAUGGUUGUAUUUGUGAUAUUUUCAGUAUUGUUUGGAGUGUAUUUUCUGAGUGGUUCGUGGAGACAUCCCUCCUCCUUGUCAUCAUCCACUCAGAAAAUGGAUAGCUCUGAAUCUGUGUUUGUAGGAAAAAUUGGAAAUACAUUUGGAAGACAUUUGAAAUUAAUUUUGGAACAAUAUCAAUCAGGAGGAGGAGUCAUUGGUGACGAUCAUGAUUCUAAUUUAAUUCUCUCGAAAAUGGAUGAAUCUGUUGUGAAAUUAUUACACGAUCCAUCGUUGAACCAAGCUCCAAAUUUUUACAGUAGAGUUCGACAAAUACAUCAUUAUGGAGUUGCCAAGUCACAACAUGACGACAUUUCAAAAACAUCACUCGUUUUGGAAAAUGUUUGUAUGAAUCAUUAUGGAGAAAUUCUCUUUUACGUACCUUCACAAGAAUUUUAUGACAAAUUUUACAAACCAUUGCUUGGAUUGAGUUCUAACAAUCCAUUUGCAUUUGUUCAAACAGCACGUUUUGGAAAGAGAGGCGCCAUUCGUAUGAAAUUUAUUAUUGGCCACAAAACUCCAAAAUCCUCUCCCAAGAAUUAUGUUCGAUGGUUAGAUCGACCGACCAUUGCCAUGAUGAGAUUUUCAGCCAAUCAUCUUGGUCACCUAUUUGCUGAUAAUCUAAUUGCCUUAAUUGAGUUGGCAACAAAAUUUAACAUUCCCUUACAUGAAUCUUUAAUUUUAUUUUUGGAUGAAGUUUUUUACAGAACGAAUAAGAAUCAAGAAGACCAUUCAUGUUCUUCAGAUCCUUCUCGACAGGUUCACCUUCCUACAGUAAAUCCCAUGACCAAGAAACAUUUAUGGUGUGAAGAGGAAUUAGCUUCGCAAUAUGGAAAAAAACCUCAAGCUGUGAAAAAUUCUCUCGUAUGGACGCAAAUACUUUCAUCUCUGCCCGUCCUUCAAAAAUGUUCAUACGAUGUGAAGAAUACUGCUGAUCAGCACACUUCUGAAGAAGACCUUCAAUCCUCUACAAAGACAACAGAAGGUGAUGCUUCUUCAAGUUCAUUGUUUUAUCGAAUUGAGAAAGCUCCAUGUCCAAUGGAUGAUAUAUUUUCAAAAACAAGAGAGUCAUCAAGUGCAACGAAAAGAAACACCAUUCUUUCCAUUCAAGAGAUUGAAAAAGAGAGAAAUUUGAAGUUGGAAAAUAUUCGAGAUGGAAUUGAUACAUGCUUUCGACAAUUGGUACUUGGAGUGGGCGAUAGAACCAUCUUGUCACAACAACAUCACAAAAAACAAUCACAAUUUAGCGAAUUACCUAUUCAACAGCUUCGAAACACAAUUCUUUCAAAUUUGGGAAUUCAUUCCAAGACCUCAAAUGUGAACUCUGUGAACAUUUUAAUUGAUUAUCAGAGUAUUGGAAAUGCACAUGAAAUUGCAACCAUUCUUGAAACUCAUCUCAAAGAAGAUGCCCUUUUAUUGAAUCAUUUAAAAAACAUUAACAUUUACAAGGAUAUGAAAUUGGAACAGUUGAAUGAAAUGGCACUUGUGGAACUCUUUUCACAAACACACCUAUUCCUUUCCAAUGCCACGAGUACUUAUUCUUACCUUUCAUUAUUCAUGCCUACGUCCUCAUACCUCUUAUUGUCACCAGAAUGUGACAGCAUGGUAGAGUCCUCUAAAAAUCCUCAACCCAACAUGUGUUCAUUGGCUCGUUCUCCUUCACUCCAUUUUCUGAAUGCCAUGUCCCAUCUCACUCUCAUUAACUUGUCAGACACUGUGGAGAAAAUUCAACAACAAUCCAACACGAUACAUGUCGAAUUGAAUGCUGAGAAAGUGAGUCAAAUCGUGUUAAUGAUUUUGAAAUUGAGAAUUAUUUGA